AUGCUGCCCGGGGUGGGCGUGUUCGGCACCAGCCUGACCGCCCGGGUCAUCAUCCCGCUUCUAAAGGACGAGGGUUUCGCGGUCAAAGCGCUCUGGGGCCGCACUCAGGAAGAGGCGGAAGAGCUGGCCAAGGAGAUGAGCGUCCCCUUCUACACCAGCCGGAUAGACGAGGUCUUGCUGCAUCAGGAUGUGGAUUUGGUCUGCAUCAACCUGCCGCCUCCCCUGACCAGGCAGAUCGCCGUGAAAACUCUGGGGAUUGGGAAGAAUGUCAUUUGUGAUAGAACAGCCACUCCACUGGAUGCCUUUCGGAUGAUGACAGCUGCCCACUAUUAUCCCAAGCUUAUGAGCAUCAUGGGCAAUGUUCUCCGUUUCCUGCCUGCCUUUGUGAAGAUGAAGCAGCUGAUCCAAGAGGGCUAUGUGGGAGAACUGCUUGUGUGUGAGGUACAGGUUCACAGUGGGAGCCUGCUGGGGAAGAAAUAUAACUGGAGCUGCGAUGAUCUGAUGGGAGGUGGAGGGUUGCAUUCUGUUGGUACCUACAUCAUUGACCUCCUGACUUUCCUCACCAGUCAGAAAGCAGUGAAAGUUCAUGGACUUCUUAAGACCUUUGUGAAACAGACAGACCACAUUAAAGGAAUACGGCAAAUUACGAGUGACGACUUCUGCACGUUUCAGAUGGUCUUAGAAGGUGGGGUGUGCUGCACUGUUACCCUUAAUUUCAACAUGCCAGGCGAAUUUAAACAAGAUAUUGUUGUGAUUGGAUCAAGCGGGCGGCUAAUUGCAGUCGGCACUGAUUUGUAUGGACAAAGCAAUAACUCCCCACAGAAAGAGCUCCUCUUGAAGGAUUCUGCCCCAGUCAGCAAUGCCUUGUUACCCGAGAAGGCCUUCAGUGACAUCCCAUCUCCGUACCUCCGGGGUACCAUAAAGAUGGUACAAGCAGUCAGGGAGGCAUUUGAAGAUCAAGAUGACAGACGAACCUGGGACGGCCGACCACUCACAAUGGCUGCAACUUUUGAUGAUUGUCUCUAUGCUUUGUGUGUGGUGGACACCAUUAAGAGGUCCAAUCAGCUAGGUGAAUGGCAGAACAUUGUGAUUAUGACUGAAGAACCAGAACUGAGUCCUGCUUACUUGAUCAGUGAGGCCAUGCGGCGGAGCAGGAUGUCUCUGUACUGCUAG